CGAGACCGCAUCAUGCCUGAGCCAGCCAAGUCAGCGCCCAAGAAGGGCUCCAAGAAAGCCGUGAGCAAGACCGCCGGAAAGGGCGGCAAGAAGCGCAGAAAGACCAGGAAGGAGAGCUACGCCAUCUACGUGUACAAGGUGCUGAAGCAGGUUCACCCCGACACCGGCAUCUCGUCCAAGGCCAUGGGCAUCAUGAACUCUUUCGUCAACGAUAUUUUUGAGCGUAUUGCCGGUGAGGCGUCCCGCCUGGCUCAUUACAACAAGCGCUCCACCAUCACGUCCAGGGAGAUCCAGACCGCCGUCCGCCUGCUGCUGCCCGGGGAGUUAGCCAAGCACGCUGUGUCCGAGGGCACCAAGGCCGUCACCAAGUACACCAGCUCCAAGUGAACAGCUCAGCUUUCUACAAACACAAAGGUCCUUUUCAGGGCCACCCACUUUAUCAACAGAUCUCCUUUGUUAUACGUUUUCUGAAACUGAUGUAAUAUCUUUUAUACCUUACUGAAAUUUCUUGAUACCCUUAUUGAAAUGUACAUGCAGAUGGAUUAAGGACCAGAUCGCCCACAGACUCAGUCCUGAUUGUCGGUACUGGAGUCCUACAGGGUAGUGGGCUGAGUUCUGUUCUCUACACACCAAUCUGCAGCACAAACCACAUCAUGAAGUUUGCAAACGAGAACUGAUGCUUGACUUCAGGAAGAGAGGAACUUGCUCCUGACCCUAAAGCCUAUGUUAAGUUGAUGUCAUUAUUCAAAUAUCCCGCCUUUUUUAAACAAGCAAACACGUUUCUGUUUUCACGGAGAACUGAGACGAGUUAAACAAAUGGUUUCAACUUUUUAAUCUUUUUUUUUUUUUACAUUUAUGUAGUGGCUUCGUCUUCGUCUAUGU